GUCCCGUCCUCUCGCCAGUCUUCCGCCGCGCGGCGACAGCGUGUGUCGUGUGGAUAUUUUUCGCGCGUCGCCGUCGUUUUCCACUGUCGACGUGUCGUAACGUUGUACUCUCGCGAGUGCUGCGAGUGCGCGUGGUCCGGUUACGCGUUACGAGAUCAUUCGUGUUCGCGCGACCAGAACGGGAACUCCAGUCUCUCGACCGUCGAUCGACUCGCCGACUACAGCUGCUCUAUUUUUUUUUUUUUCUAUUUCUCUUCUCUCCUCUAUCUCCGCUGCCGAUCCGGCGCACGAACGAUCCACGGAUGAUCCACGGAUGAUCCACGGAUGAUCCAACAUGGCGUCGACCGAUCUGUCGUUCGGCUCUAUACCAGCGUUCUACAGAGAAGUCUACGAGAAGGUAUGCUCGCCCACCAGCGGGAACGUGAAGCUCGAGGUGUUCAGGUCCCUGCUCGUCAAGUCGCAACUAAGCGGUUCCAUCGUCAAUCAGAUAUGGAAGCUAGUAGACAGCAAAACGGAUUAUCUUACGAGAAGUGGACUGUACAAAGGUCUCGCUCUCGUUGCCUUCGCUCAACAGGGAAAGCAGCCGAGCGACAAGCUGCUGGAAAAUUCCGAAUCGCAAGAAUUGCCCAUCCCUGCUCUGGGAGAUCUGUCAGAAGUGACGCUUCUGGCACAGAGGCUGCACCGGGGUAAUCCCGCAAAGCUGAGUCACACGUACUCUGACAUCUGUAAUCUGGACACUAUCGAGGUCAAUCUUGUUCCCGAGAAGAAGGGCAUCUUCCUAAAGCACGUGGAGUACCAAGUCACCAGCAAGAGGUUCAAUUCUGUAGUCUACAGACGUUACAAUGAUUUUGUAUCAUUGUACGACCUCCUUCUGGCCCGGUUUCCCUACAGAUUAAUCCCCAAAUUACCACCGAAGAAAAUUGUAGGAGCGGACUCGCAAUUCCUGGAAGAGAGGAGGCGUUCUCUCUUGCGGUUCCUCACGCUGAUCGCUCGCCACCCGGUGGUCAGCGGGGACCCAAUCGUGCAGUUCUUUUUCACGUACCCCGGUGACGAGACGCAGCACAAGAUCCGCGAGGUGUUCAGGCGCAUACCGGACGAAUUUGCCACGUCCGAGCUGUCGUCGAGGGCGAAGGAGCUGAUGCCGCCCGAGACGCUGACCGAGUUCGCAAACAGCCGCGAUCAGAUACGCGUGAUACUUUUGGGGAUCUCCCGGCUGAAGCACAUUGCCGACAGUCUGGCGAUCAGGUCGCACAAUUACGCGGUGGACAUGGCCGAGCUCGGCAAUCAGCUGAGCACCUUGGCCGCGGAACAGUACGGCUCUGGUACCUGGGUCACCGGCGGUUCCAGCCUUUGGCAAGAAAUGAAGAAAGGUUUCCAUGUAAUCUCAAAAGAAUUCAACUUGCUGUCGACCAGAGCGCUUCAACAAGCGGUCAGAGAAGAGACCAUGGUCUGCGAGAGGCUUAAUCUCCUACUGGACAUUUUAGUGGCGCACAGGAUGUUGUGCGAGAGACACGAGCGAGGCGUCAGCGUCGAUCAUCAUCGCGCCCUGUCCACGAUGCUGUCUCUCAAGAAGCGGCAGAUGCAAGGCGUUAUUCGCGGUACCGACGCCGACACCGUCGAGAGCCUCGAGAACAGGAUGGUCUCCCAGGAAUCCGUAAUCGCCAACGUCGAGCUGAGGAACUGUUUCUCACUACUCUGUCUGCACAUGGAGACUCAACUCGUUCACGCGCACCUAGAGAUACUCGCCACUGUGCUACAAAGCCUCGUGAGCGUGCAGAUCCGCGGGCAUUCCGAGUUGGCUGAAGUAUGGAAACUAAUCGAACCGACGAUUACAAAGUGUUUACCCGAAAAGUUAGCGAGUGGAUCCAAUGGAGGAUAGCACAGGAGUAGCAAAGUUUUGUGUGUGCCCCAACAGAUCAUGCGUUGCCAAAUAUUUGAUAACUGAAACUUAUACAUCACUAUUUCUAGUAAACAUGACUAUUGAUGACAGUGCAGUUGCUGAAGACAGAAAGAAGAAAGACAAACGAAAAUCUCCGAUCGUUCCACAUUUUGACAUAAAUUCUAUAUUCAUCUGCAUACAAAUGCUAUUCUGUUUGAUUAUAUAGACUUUUGCAUUUGUGUAUCCUUUUAAUUAUCACGCAUAAUAAUUAAUCGGAAAUAUUUAUACCUUUUAUUUAGUACUGGGAAGUAACGUGUUACAAUUAACGAGUCACCGUUACUUUUAUUUUUCAUAAUAAUAAUAAUUUGGUAAUGACAAUUUUUCAUAAUGAUAAUGGUAAUGAUAGGAUUGGAAUAGUCACUUUUGACAAGUGUUUUGUUGUCAUUAGAGGAGAAGGUGGAAUAUUGUAACGUCAUUACCAAAUUAUAAAAAAGUAUUAUAAAAGUAAAGGUAAUAAGUAACGGCGUUACUUAUACCUAUAACUCGUUGCUGUUUAUCCGCUGCUUUUAUUAUUAUAUAAUGAUACGGAAGAAUCUCAAAUGUGUGUAUAGUGCGUUCAAGUUUAAAACAUUCCCUGUUGUGUACUUAAUAUAUUUUAUGGAUCAGCGAAUGAUAUUUCUAAUCUUCUAAUAAUUGUUAAAUCGCUAUGUACAUACAUAAGAACUUAUAGGUUGUAUAUAUACACACGUCGUAUCGAUGCGUGAAAAAAGUGCCUAAAUAAUUGUAAAUAUAUACAUAUAUAACUUGAAUACUGCAAAAGAAUUUAUAUUUCAUAUCGUGUGUACGUGUGAAUAGUCUGAGAAUCGUUUAUGUGUGCCACGUUGACCGUGGAUACUCUUACAUAUAUUAGAGAGUGUCUCAGAAUUAUCGUUAUUUUAUUGAUUCAGAUGAAUUUAACCCACGUUUAUAAUUCAGCUAUCAAGACAUUGAUUGAUGUACAAA